AUGGCACCAUCCAACAACAACAAGGGCACCAUACAGCAACAACAAUGGCACCAUACAGCAACAACAAUGGCACCAUACAGCAACAACAAUGGCACCAUACAGCAACAACAAUGGCACCAUACAGCAACAACAAUGGCACCAUACAGCAACAACAAUGGCACCAUACAGCAACAACAAUGGCACCAUACAGCAACAACAAUGGCACCAUACAGCAACAACAAUGGCACCAUACAGCAACAACAAUGGCACCAUACAGCAACAACAAUGGCACCAUACAGCAACAACAAUGGCACCAUACAGCAACAACAAUGGCACCAUACAGCAACAACAAUGGCACCAUACAGCAACAACAAUGGCACCAUACAGCAACAACAAUGGCACCAUACAGCAACAACAAUGGCACCAUACAGCAACAACAAUGGCACCAUACAGCAACAACAAUGGCACCAUACAGCAACAACAAUGGCACCAUACAGCAACAACAAUGGCACCAUACAGCAACAACAAUGGCACCAUACAGCAACAACAAUGGCACCAUACAGCAACAACAAUGGCACCAUACAGCAACAACAAUGGCACCAUACAGCAACAACAAUGGCACCAUACAGCAACAACAAUGGCACCAUACAGCAACAACAAUGGCACCAUACAGCAACAACAAUGGCACCAUACAGCAACAACAAUGGCACCAUACAGCAACAACAAUGGCACCAUACAGCAACAACAAUGGCACCAUACAGCAACAACAAUGGCACCAUACAGCAACAACAAUGGCACCAUACAGCAACAACAAUGGCACCAUACAGCAACAACAAUGGCACCAUACAGCAACAACAAUGGCACCAUACAGCAACAACAAUGGCACCAUACAGCAACAACAAUGGCACCAUACAGCAACAACAAUGGCACCAUACAGCAACAACAAUGGCACCAUACAGCAACAACAAUGGCACCAUACAGCAACAACAAUGGCACCAUACAGCAACAACAAUGGCACCAUACAGCAACAACAAUGGCACCAUACAGCAACAACAAUGGCACCAUACAGCAACAACAAUGGCACCAUACAGCAACAACAAUGGCACCAUACAGCAUGGCACCAUACAGCAACAACAAUGGCAUCAUACAGCAACGACAAUGGCACCAUACAGCAACAACAAUGGCACCAAACAAUGGCACAUACAGCAACAACAAUGGUACCAUACAGCAACAACAAUGGCUCCAUACAUCAACGACAAUGGUACCAUACAGCAACAACAAUGGCAUUAUACAUCAACGACAAUGGCACCAUACAGCAACAACAAUGGCACCAUACAGCAUGGCACCAUACAGCAACAACAAUGGCAUCAUGCAACAACAAUGGCACCAUACAGCAACAACAAUGGCACACUACAGCAACAACAAUGGCACCAUACAGCAACAACAAUGGUACCAUACAGCAACAACAUUGGCUCCAUACAUCAACAACAAUGGCUCCAUACAUCAACGACAAUGGCACCAUACAACAACAACAAUGGCUCCAUACAUCAACAACAAUGGCACCAUACAGCAACGACAAUGGCACCAUACAGCAACAACAAUGGCACCAUACAGCAACAACAACGGCACCAUACAACAUCAUCCCAGCAUGUUUCUGGCAACAAUGGCACCUUACAACAACGACAAUGGCACCAUACAGCAACAACAAUGGCACCAUACAGCAACAACAAUGGCACCAUACAGCAACGACAAUGGCACCAUACAGCAACGACAAUGGCACCAUACAACAACAACAAUGGCACCAUACAGCAACAACAAUGGCACCAUACAGCAACAACCAUGGCACCAUUCAGCAACGACAAUGGCACCAUACAGCAACAACAAUGCUUUUGA